AUGUCUUCAUCGGGUACACCUGUGAGACCUGGGCGUGGCGUUGUCGUGCCCGGUAUUGACACUCGUGGCCCUGCUGAAAAGGCUCUCGCUUUCCAUGGGUUGCCUCUUACGCCGCCUCAGUCUGCGCAUGACUCUCGACGACCGUCGUUGGCAUUUUCUGCGUUAUCAGAUGCAUCCCAGUCAGGCCCGUCGUCCAUCAGCGGCUACUCACAGCCGGUAACGCCGAUUCAUAGCAUGGCGCAGUCUCACGACUUUACUGCGCAUUGGACGGACGGCGUUGACCUACACGCUUCCAUCGCCGCGACCAUGAACGACAGUUGCCAGAAUGCGCACCUGGGCCAGUCAAUGUUUGGCAUGCCAUUCGAACACCAGCAAAUGAGCGAUGCUUCAAACAUGCCGAUCUACCCUUCUGUUGGACAAGACAGCUUUGCGUCCACAAUGACCGCGUCGCCAGCUCGCAACGCUUGGUCGAUCGCACGGCAAACUCCGUCCAGCCUCGUAGCCCCUACCGGGUUGAACUUCAGCCAGGAGUGCUCACCUGCCACACUUGGGUACCGCAAUGUUGACCAAUCGUUUCAGCAAUCAUUUGAGCAACCAUCAUAUUCGCAGUAUGGACCGUCUCAUGCUUCACUGGCAUCGUCAGCAUUCCAUCAGCCACAACAUGUGGUCCCAUCGCAGGUCAAUGCCCAAGAGGACUAUACGAUGGACACAAGCUCUGCAUACGGUACAGGCGAGACUGUUCACGGUGCUUAUACGCAGAGCUUCGAUUCAGACACCUCGGGAUACAGUGACUUUUACGCAGUAGGACCUGAAAGCCCCAUGGGUGCGUACUUCGACGAGUCCGACCCGGAUUUCGUCCACAUCAAGAACGAGUACUCAUCCCCGUCUCGUGGCACCUCGACGCCCCGAUCGCGGCAGCUUCCUGGUGGAUACAACCCUCAGCGCGUUGCACGAAAGAAUAGUCGUUCUGCCAAGCGUUCACGCAAGUCCCAGCAUGAAGGGAAAGCAUGGCUGGAGCAAGAAAUUAACGGCAUAAUCGUACAAUGUGAAGGAAAGCCGUUUGAGAUCAAGAAUGGCAUAGCCCACACCCAUGAAUCGAAAGACUCCAAGCCGCAUCGGUGCACCUACGAAGAUGAACCUGGCAACCCCUGUGGUAGUCGUUUCGAGCGAACUGAGCACUUGAAGCGGCAUAUGAGCAUGCACUCGAGAGAGCGUGCUUACAAAUGCCCGUUGCCUAAAUGCGGCAAAGCCUUCAGUCGCCCAGAUAACACAGGCGACCAUUUCAAGACCCACCUCCGACCUAACGCGAAGGGUCGCCGCAACCCUCCGUUCGAAUUCCAUGUGCUUGAGCGAGGGAUCGUGCAAACGUACGAUGAGAAGACCGCAAACAAGGCGAGCACACUCACCGUUCACGCCUAA